CCUCAGCCUCGCCAUGUGCAUAAGGAGGCUUUUCCAGUCCUCAGACCUCCAGUGGGCAUGGAGGGUGGCCUUCCUGAGAUGCAUCCAGUGCAGGUGGCGGGGAGCCCAUCGUUGGACACAUUCUGGAGGCAGUGCCUACCGAGCAGUGAUUUUCGACAUGGGUGGUGUUCUCAUCCCUUCUCCAGGGAGAGUGGCCGCUGAAUGGGAAGUGCAGAAUCAUGUCCCUUCUGGAACUAUAUUGAAAGCCUUGAUCAAAGAUGGUGAAAAUGGACCUUGGAUGAGAUUUAUGAGAGGAGAGAUAACAACAGGGGAUUUCAUACAAGAAUUUGGGAGAAUUUGCUCUGAAAUAUCUAAGACCUCAGUGCCUGUGGACUCAUUUUUCUCUCUGCUGACCAGUGAGCAAGUGGCACAGCAGUUCCCAGUGAUGACCGAAGCCAUCUCUCAAAUUCGAGCAAAAGGCUUUCAGACUGCAGUCUUGACCAAUAAUUUUUAUGUGUCCAGCGGGAAAAGCUUUUUGCCCCUGGACCGGAGCCAGUUUGAUGUGGUGGUGGAGUCCUGCCUGGAAGGGGUCUGUAAGCCAGACCCUAGGAUAUACCAGCUCUGCUUGGCGCGCCUCGGCCUGCAGCCCUCCAAGUCUAUCUUUCUCGAUGAUCUGGGACCAAAUCUAAAAGCAGCUGCCAGCCUUGGUAUACAUACUAUUAAGGUCAACGACCCGGAGAUUGCAGUGAAGGAAUUAGAGUCUCUUCUGGGUUUUUCAUUGCACCGGGGUAUUCUCAACACUCGUCCUGUGAGGAAGACCAUGGAGAUCCCAAAAGAUGCCCUGGAGAAGUACCUUGGAAACUUGCUGGGGACCCAAACCAAAGGUCUGAUGGAACUCCUUCAGUUUGAUCACGGCCAUUCAAAUCCCACUUACUACAUCAGGGUGGCCAAUCAUCAGCUGGUUCUGAGGAAAAAACCACCAGGGACUCUCCUGCCAUCUGCCCAUGCCAUAGAGAGGGAGUUCAGGAUAAUGAAAGCCCUUGCAAAUGUUGGAGUAUCUGUCCCCAGGGUUCUUGACCUUUGUGAAGAUUCAAGUGUCAUCGGCACACCCUUCUAUGUGAUGGAGUACUGCCCAGGCCUCAUCUACAAAGACCCUUCUCUGCCAGGCUUGGAGCCCAGCCAAAGGCGAGCCAUAUACACCGCCAUGAACAGAGUCCUGUGCCAGCUCCACAGCGUGGACCUGCAGGCUGCAGGCCUGAAUGACUAUGGGAAGCAAGGGGACUAUCUUCUUCGCCAGGUACAAACCUGGACAAAGCAGUACCGAGCCACAGAAACCAGCACCAUACCUGCGAUGGAGAGGCUCAUCCAGUGGCUGCCUCUCCAUCUUCCCAGGAAACAGAGAACCACAGUGGUACAUGGGGACUUCAGGCUGGACAACCUGAUCUUUCAUCCGGAAAAGGCUGAGGUAGUUGCUGUCCUUGACUGGGAACUUUCUACCUUAGGUGAUCCCCUUGCUGAUGUGGCCUACAGCUGCCUGGCUCACUACUUGCCAUCCAGUUUCCCCUUGUUGAAAGGUGUCAGGGAUUGGGAUUUGACCCAGCUUGGCAUACCUACUGCUGAGGAGUAUUUGAGGAUGUACUGCCUUCACAUGGGCAUCUCUCCCAUCAAGAACUGGAACUUCUAUAUGGCUUUCUCUUUUUUCCGUGUGGCUGCAAUCCUACAAGGAGUCUACAAGCGAUCACUCAAAGGGCAGGCAAGCUCAGCAAACGCUGAGCAAAGUGGAAAGCUGGUUGAAUUCAUAUCUAACCUGGCAUGGGAUUUUGCAACUAAAGAAGGAUUCCGAGUUUUCAAAGAGAUGCCAGCUGCCAAACCGUUAACAAGGUCCUGCCACACUCGGGGUGGUCCAUGGUCGCUGCUGAGUCCCAUGGGAACAAGAAACUACAGCUCUGCCCCGGAAGCUCCCCCAGCGCAUGCCUCAAAGGGAGCACUGGUCUUCUCAGUAGAAGGCCUCUCCCCACAUGCCAGAGACCUGUAUGAUCGGCUGCAGCAGUUUAUGGAACAGCAUCUGUAUCCCCUGGAGCCUCAGCUGCAGAGACACCAGGCCUCGGUGGACAGAUGGACCCCAUCCCCGCUGAUAGAAGACCUUAAGGAGAAAGCCAAGGCCCAAGGACUCUGGAACCUUUUCCUACCCUUGGAGACUGACCCCGAGAAGAAAUACGGAGCAGGACUAACCAACGUGGAGUACGCACACCUCUGUGAAGUCAUGGGCAUGUCGCUGUAUGCUCCCGAGAUAUUCAACUGCUCUGCCCCUGACACAGGAAACAUGGAGGUCCUGGUGCGAUAUGGCACUGAAGAGCAGAAGGCCCGUUGGCUGACCCCUCUGCUGGAAGGCAAGACCCGCUCCUGUUUUGCAAUGACUGAGCCCCAGGUUGCCUCAUCAGAUGCCACCAACAUCGAGGCUUCCGUCAGAGAGGAAGAUGGCUUCUAUGUCAUAAACGGUCACAAGUGGUGGAUUUCAGGCGUCAUGGAUCCGCGCUGCCAGCUCUGCAUGUUUAUGGGGAAAACAGACCCACAGGCCCCAAAACACCAGCAGCAGUCCAUGCUCUUGGUUCCCAUGGAUACCCCUGGGAUAAAAGUCAUCCGGCCUCUAACCGUGUAUGGGCUGGAUGAUGCACCAGGUGGCCACGGUGAAAUUCUAUUCGAGCAUGUGCGUGUGCCCAAGGAGAACAUGAUUCUGGGUCCUGGCCGAGGCUUUGAGAUUGCCCAGGGCAGGCUGGGACCUGGCCGGAUCCAUCACUGCAUGAGGCUCAUUGGGUCCUCAGAGAGGGCCCUGGCACUCAUGAAGUCCCGCGUGAAGACCCGAGUGGCCUUUGGGAAGCCCCUAGUGGAGCAGGGCACAAUCCUGGCCAACAUCGCCCAGUCUCGAGUGGAGAUCGAGCAGGCACGGCUGCUGGUGCUGAAGGCCGCCCACCUCAUGGACGUGGCAGGAAACAAGCCUGCAGCUUUAGAUAUCUCCAUGAUUAAAAUGGUAGCCCCGUCCAUGGCCUACCGGGUGAUUGAUCGUGCUAUUCAGGUGAGCACGGACCAGGCCUUUGGAGCAGCAGGCCUGAGCAGCGACUACCCUCUGGCACAGUUCUUCGCCUGGGCCCGAGCACUGCGCUUUGCCGAUGGCCCUGACGAGGUCCACCAGGUCACAGUGGCCAAGAUGGAGCUAAAGCAUCGGACUUAGACCCAUGGACAGCAGGAGCCUUUAUCCCUGCUGGCCAGCCACACCCCAGCUUGGUAAAUGGUGUGCUGGGAAAGGCCUGCUAUGUAUGGUUAUUGCAGACCACCCAGCUCUUCCCUCUCUGGAGGCAUGUCUCCCAGAGGCAUCUCUGGGAGAAGCUGUGAGGAAGGGAAAGAGCUGAGAGCUGAGGGGUUUGAUACAGAGCCUGGAAAGUUGGUCUUCAGUCUCUUGGGACUGCCCUGUAAGCCACUGCCUCUGAGCAUCCUCAUUACACUAUCUACAACACAGAACACUAAUGAUAAUGUUAUUUUGGAAGGGGACACAAAAGAAUAAGAAAGUAUACCUCAGAGACUGAACUUCCUGUGUCGUAUAAAAAACAGAAUAAAGACUCCCUCUCAGGUC